UUAUUUACAUUUUACUUUUUUUCAAGCUAUCUCUUUUGUAGUAUGUAUUUACUGUACUUCCCCACAAGCACUGUAGUGUGACCACAUAUUUGGCGUUUUCUAGCAUCUUACGUCCAACCAGCUAAAUGGCAGUCCUGCGUGGUUGGAGAUUCGUUGGAUUCGUGUCCUGCAUUGUGGGCGCAGUGGGCCUCACCCUAUACCCCGUGAUUGUGGACCCAAUGGUGAACACGGAGAAAUACAAAACGCUGCAGGAAUACAGCAAAAUCAAGCGAGAUGAACUGCAGCACAUUAGAAGGCAGUAGAACCCCCUGUUAUACUUAAGAACCCACAUAUGUGUAUUCUAGUUUGCCUGAUAAAGAACUGCAAUGUACAUAUUCCUAUUUAAAUAGAAGCCAUUAGUCCUCUGACAACAUGAACUCCAUGAA